AUGAAUAUUGAAAGGGUUGAUUAAAAUUUCAUUAUUGUAAAAAAGGAAAUAAGAGCAUACAUAAAGUCUUACAAAAUCCUUUUAUCUCUUUAGUUUCUGAUGAUGACAGAAUUAGAGUAUACUAAAAGGAUUUCCUUCUGGACCAAUUCUUGUUUGAGUUGA